UGGAGUGAAGGCGAAAGUCGUAUUGCACGGUCGGGCGUUUAACAGAAAAGGCCUCUUAAUCGGGUUUUGGACUGUUUCCCCCUGGUUUAGCUGAGGUUAGCACCGUUUGUCCAAGGCGCUAGUCCGGUCGUUCCAUAAUUUCUAUUGUUCACGCGAAAAUGGGGAUAUCCGACGAAGCAGAUAGGUCACUCUUUGUUGGAAAUCUAGAUCCAAAAGUCUCAGAAGAGCUUUUGUUUGAGCUGUUUUUACAGGCUGGGCCUCUGAUUAAAGUAAGAAUCCCAAAAGACAACGAUGGGAAACCGAAGCAUUUUGGAUUUGUGAACUUCAAACACGAAGUGUCAGUUAUGUACGCGAUGAAUCUGUUCAACGGAACCAGUCUUUAUGGAAGACCACUGAAGAUACAGUUUAGAUCAGGGAGUAGCCAUUCCAGCGCGGAUGGGAACGGUCCCGGAAACUCUCAGAACUCCAGCCCCAUGAACUCACCAGCUCAGCGGGGUGGCAGAUUUGACAGGUUGGUGGACUCGAUGGCUUCCCCUUCAUACUCGCCGCCCCAAAUGAAUCAGAAGUCCUUCAUGUCCCCAGACAACCUGCAGAGACAGGCCCUGAUGAACAACAUGUGGCAGAUCCAGCAGCUGCAGCAGCUGAGUCAGACUCUGGCGGCGGGCUUCCAGCAGGGCUACGGGGCGGGCGGCGGGGAGGGCCGCGGGGCCUGGCAGAGGGGCCAGUCCCACCCGUACCAGCAGGAGGGCGGCGGCGGGGGCGGGGGCCACCGGAGCCGGGAGCAGCGCUUCGCCGAGCCGCCGGCUGACCGGCACCGCCGCGGGCAGAGGGGCGACCACCACUAUCACCACGACGACCGCAGCGGGGGCCGCACCCGGGAUCACCCCGACCGGCCCCGCAACGCGUCCCGCGACGGCCACUGGCGGCGGUACUGAGCCCCGGGGGGGGGCCAGGGCCACGGGGGCCUUUUUAAUGAACUUUUUUAAACGUUUCCAAAAAAAAAAAAAGCUGAUGUUUUAUACAUUUUGUGUAUUUUUAUUUUUUUUAUUUUUUAUCAACAAUGGGUGUUCUGUCCUGGAAAUGCCACUCAGGAGCUGAACCAGCUCGGUGCUUCAGUGGAAAACCAGCAUCCCGGAUACGGGACGUGAGAAUGCGGACGGACAGGUGUUCUCAGGAAGUCCAGAGCGCCCUCAGCGUGCAGUCUCCUUUCAUACAGGUCGUCAGGAAAAUGUCGUUAGAACAGGUUACAAAAUAUCAUUUACAUAAUGUCAUUUUUGGGGGGGAUAAUUUAAGCAUUUUAAGCGUCUGUUGUACCAGUCAUAAGGAAAAAAAAUGUACUGGAAAAAAUGUUUUAGAGUUGAUGAAUGUGGAUUUUGUGAACCUGACUUUUAAGGAGUAUUAACAUUUUUACCCUCAAGAAUAUGAUCUGAACUGGGCAAUUACCUAGCACUGCCAGCGGACAUGAUCUUUAAUUAGCAAUAAUACUAAGCAGCCAGUAGUGUAAUUUGGCAUUUUGGCGCAGAAAAUAUUUUCAGUUAGUGUUUUUUCCCCCACCUUGGAGUUGGGGAAUUAAUGUCUAUAUGCCAAGGAAAUGUACCUGACUCUACACAGUAAUGGAAAAAUUAUGUUGGUUUAUGAAGCUGUAAAAGUAAUAUAAUUGCUUGUUUAAUUGCUCAGGUAUUUUGAGUAAAUAGUUUUGUACGUA